UAUUCGGUUUUUAUUUGCAGACCGAGUAUUACAAGGACGCACCACAUUUCCGACGCAUCGGCGAGGGACCGGAGUACCGUUUGGAGAUACCCAGUGCCAAAUUGGACUUUACCGGCACAUAUUCAGUUAUUGCCAGCAAUUGCCAUGGCGAGGCCAAGGCUGUAAUAUCACUGCAAAUAUAUGCCAAAGAUAUACUUAAAGAUAAUCGCAUGGACAAGGUUCACACGCGACAUGGCAAUAUUGAAACUUUGCCGCGCUUCGUGAGAAAUCUGCGCAAUCUGCGCUGCUGCGAUGGAGACGCCAUAUCGCUGGAGUGUCAUGUGGAGGCCAUGCCGGAGCCAUAUAUAAUUUGGGAAAAGGAUGGCCACGUUAUACCCAGCGAUAGGGAUUACGUGAUGUCGUAUGAUGGCAUCAAAGCCAAGUUGAGCAUACCGCGCGUUUACCCCGAAGAUGAGGGCGAAUACACAUGUGUGGCCAAGAACUCGGUGGGCCGGACACUCUCAUCAGCUUGCAUUAUUGUCGAUGUGCCGGAGGAGAAAGAGAAUAUGCUGAGCCGACAAUUGGCCCGUCCAAGUGCCUUGCUAUCCGCCCACUCCACGCCUCGUUCCACUCCCCGGUCGACGCCGAACCGUAGCUUUUCACCAAUGAGACUUUCCUAUCGCAACAGUAGCAUCGACCUGACUAUGGGCUCUGUGGAUCGUCGACGCAGCGAUGCACGCUGCAUAUCGGCGCCCAAAUUCCUGGCCAUUCCCUACAACCGUGUUGUGGAGGAGGGCGACAGUGUGCGCUUCCAGUGCGCCAUUGCUGGGCAUCCCUCGCCUUGGGCCACUUGGGAUAAGGAUGGUCUGAUUGUCACACCAUCCCCUCGGAUUGCUGUCAAGGAAGUGGACGAUCUGCGCUUUAUUGAAAUUGAUGAGGUUGGCUUCGACGAUGCCGGUCUGUAUCGCAUUACCCUGGAGAAUGACUUUGGACGCAUUGAAGCCACAGCUCGUCUGGAUGUAAUAAGCAGUUCCCGCUACUCGAAGUCCCCCUCCACGAGAAGUGUACGUGCAUCCUCCUCUCGCCGCAAUGCCUAUCUAUAUAGACGCAUCAUGGGACCAUCUACAGCUAUUGGCGGUCGCAUGGCAUUGGCAAGCGGCUUUCGGGGAUCUUCCGUGCCCUCUGUGAGAUUCUAUCACAAUAAUAUUGAGCUGGAGCCUUCAGACCGGGUGCACAUUGUGCUACAGGAGGAUGAGGCUAUGCUGUUUGUGGACAAUGUAACGACUGCCGAUGAGGGCAACUACACGUGCAUUAUUAGUGGCGAUCAUGAUCCCCUAAUUAGCUCCAUCGAUGUUAAGUUCCAUGAGACAAGUACUGAUAUUCAACGUCGCCCUGCUAUCAUCUCGGAGCCGCUCCCUGAGCUCACGAAAUCAGUUGAGGGCGAGGUGAUCGAUCUCUGCUGUGCUAUUGAUAGCAUCGAACCCUAUAGCUACGUCUGGUUGCGUAAUGGCGAAAUUCUGCCCGACAGCGAGGAGUUCAACUACAUCGAUCACGGCAAUGGUUGUCUCUGUUUGCGCAUCAACGACGCCUUUGACAUUGACUCCGGCAUCUACAGCUGUCAGGUGUACACGUCCGAGGCUGAUGACAGCGACGCCGACUGCGAAUGCGACUGUCGCAGCAGCGGAGAACUGUGCGUUCUGGAGCGAGAUCUCUCUCAGAUUGAUGAAAGUGUGCAACUGCUGAAAACACCGCUGCCCGUGGUAUGUGCGGCAGGAGCGGAAGCUCUCUUCUAUGCGCGUGUUUACCCCUGCGAAGCGGACGCCGAAUGGUAUCUCAAUGGAAAACUCAUCGAGGAUGACUCACUGAAUAUGACGUUGGAGUCGUAUCCCGAGAACGGAAUUCGUCUGUUGCGCCUGCGAAACGUGCAGUUGGCUCAAAGCGGGGAACUGCGUCUGCAAGUGAAGCAUCCAGUGGCAGAAAGACGCACUCCUGCUGCCCGCAGCUAUACCAGUCUCCUGGUAUUGCCAAUCGGCAAUCACAACAACAACAACAACGACUUAUCACUGGCUGCCACCAGCUGCAUAUUGAAAGGGCCGGAAGAUUGCACCGCCCUAAUAGGCGGACAUGUCCAGCUGAGCGUGCAGUUCGAGCCAUUCCCCAAUACCAAGGUCAUCUGGUAUAAAGCGUGCCAUGCCAUCGUUGAAGGCGACAAUGUGAAAAUCCAGACGACAUCGGAGCAAUCGACGCUUUAUAUAACAGACAUUGCAGCCGAUGAUAGCGGCAAAUAUACGGCGGAAAUCAUGAAUGAUUACGGUGUGGAAGCCGCAGCCGCUUCAGUAGCCGUCGAGGGGCCCCCGGAGCCGCCCAGUGGACAGCCAAGUGUGUCCCUAGGACCAGAUCGUGUGGCAGUUGCCUGGUGUGGUCCACCCUACGAUGGCGGUUGCAUGAUAACCGGUUUUAUCAUCGAGAUGCAAAGCUGCAAGCCAUCGGACUGUGAUAGCAUUAAGGAUAACUCUGACUGGCAGCAGGUGGCACGCGUGGUGGAUACUCUGGCCUAUACGGUCAAGGAUCUGUUGCCCCAGUUGCAGUACAGAUUUCGAGUGCGCGCCGAAAACAUACACGGACGCAGUGCACCCAGUCAGGUCAGCGAGCUAGUGCAGACAACCCGUCCAAUAAAAACAACAGCAGCAGCAACUGCGGCUGCGGCUGCGGCAGAAAAUGAAACAGAUACCUUGAGCAGUGUCUCUGUGGAAUCUGGCGGAGAUUUUAAAUCCCGCUUUGACAUCAUCGAGGAGCUGGGCAAGGGACGCUUUGGCGUUGUCUACAAGGUGCAGGAACGCGGUCAGCCACAACAGUUGCUGGCCGCCAAGGUGAUCAAGUGCAUCAAGUCGCGUGAUCGUCAAAAAGUGCUCGAGGAGAUUUCCAUAAUGCGCUCUCUGCAGCAUCCCAAGCUACUUCAGCUGGCGGCAUCCUUCGAGAGUGCACGUGAAAUUGUUAUGGUCAUGGAAUACAUCACUGGUGGCGAGCUCUUUGAGCGCGUUGUGGCCGAUGACUUCACGCUGACGGAGCUGGAUUGCAUUUUGUUCCUGCGUCAGGUGUGCGAAGGAGUUGCCUACAUGCACGGCCAGAGCGUGGUGCAUUUGGAUCUAAAGCCAGAGAACAUAAUGUGCCACACCAGGACCAGCCAUCAAAUCAAGAUCAUUGACUUUGGACUCGCCCAACGACUCGACACAAAAUCCCCUGUCCGUGUGCUCUUCGGUACACCUGAAUUUAUACCUCCCGAGAUCAUCAGCUAUGAACCCAUUGACUUUAAGUCGGACAUGUGGAGCGUGGGCGUCAUUUGCUACGUGCUCCUCUCGGGCUUGUCGCCUUUCAUGGGCGACACGGAUGUGGAAACUUUUUCGAAUAUUACACGUGCCGAUUACGAUUUUGAUGAUGAGGCCUUUGACUGCGUGUCACAGGAGGCCAAGGACUUUAUCUCACAGCUGCUCGUGCAUCGCAAGGAGACGCGUCUGACCGCUCAGCAGUGCCUGGAAUCGAAGUGGUUGUGCCAGCGUCAUGACGAGAAUCUCAGCAACAAUAAAAUCUGCACGGACAAGCUUAAGAAGUUCAUCAUACGACGCAAGUGGCAGAAAACUGGAAAUGCUAUACGUGCUCUGGGCCGGAUGGCCACGUUGUCGGCAUCGCGUCGCAAUUCGGCCAUUGCCAUGGGCGCUUUGAAUAGUCCACGUCCCUCGAUCUCCGGCUUGGGCAUGUUGAGUGCAACGAGUGGGACGAGCACACAAAUGGCCUCACUCAACGAGGAGGAGGACGACUUCAGUGUUGAGAUGCCCCAUUCAGUGGACAAACGUAAGACGACUGGCGUCCUUAAGCUGCGCGACAAAUCGCAGUGCAGCGAACGCAGUGACUCCGGUUACAGCGAGUGCUCCAACGGCAGCCUGGGCACACAGGAGACACUGCUGUUGACGCUGGCCAAGUCCAAGCUGGAGCAGAUUGCCAAGGCAAACAGCGAAAUCGAGAGCACAUCCAAUGUGCCUACUCUGGAGCUACCUGCCAAGGGUGAACCCAUAAUGCUUUCCGACUUUACUAACACCAUCAAGAUGCGCAAGAAAUCACUGGAGGACAGCUGCACACGGGAAAAGCUGAAACCGCAUGCCAAGCCCAUUUGCGAUUCCAAGCUAAAGGUGUCGCAGCUGAAGCACAGGUUCCAGCAAUCCAAUGCUGCUGCAGCUGCUGCACUUAACAAGCCUGCCCCUGCAUGCAACAAAGUCGCCAAGGUCGCGAUCCCGAGCGUGGGCCACAUCAGUAAAUCCGUCGCAGGUCGAGCAACUGUCGCCACUAAAGCGAAACCAACACAAACCCAAUCAAUGCCCAGUUCACCGCUGCCCCAACGUGCUGCAACGCCAACGCGGCUGAGCAGUCGCGUCCGUGAGACAACGGAGCGUCUUGCCCAACAGCACACGGUGGCAAGUGCACAGCGUCACAGCAAAGGGAAUGGGAUCGGGAAAGGGUAUGACAGAGUCUGUGGCAAUGGCAAUGGAACUGGAAAUGCUCUUGGACAUGGCCACGAGUCACGUGCGCGACAUCUUAUCAAUAGAUUCAACGAAACGAAACAUAUCACGUCCUAGCUUUUAUAUCGUCCCACAAGUCGAUUUCUUGAUUCACAUAUUUUUAUUAAUAUUUAUGCAAAAUAUUAUGAUAAUCAUUAUUUAAUGUACAGUGUUUAAACAAAGCACAAUCUUUACGAAACACACACGCACACACGUACACUCGAAUAUACAUAUGUGCAUGUAUUUAUGUAUAUGUAUAAUAUCAAUAUCUACAUAUAUAGUUUAUAGAUGGAUGUGAACUAAUUAUAAUUAUUAUCCAAAUCCGAAUCCAAAAUGCACCCAAACAACAGGCACAUGUCAAAUGCACUGCACUUAGGCUAGACGAAGGCUACAAUAUUUAAAUUAUUUUUAUCGAUUUAUAUACAUAACUAUUUACCUUACUAAUUAAAGUUAAUUAAACGAAGCCAGCGAAGCGUCCUGGAAAUCUCUAAA